GCUUUUUUUUUUUUUCUUCUUUUUUCUAAUUCCCCGGGUUUCCUGUUCCGGAGGCGCGGCGGUCUGGGAAAGCUUGCCGUCGUAAAGCUGCCCGAGCUCGCGGCUCUUUUGUUGGAUGCUCUGCCAGGGACUCUGAAGGAUACGGAAAUGACCAUGAAUCAACCCAAGUUAUCAAGGAGCUAGUAAGCUAGUGGAAGAGUUCGACAUGUGCACACAUGACUGUAAUAUGAGGCAGUUUCUGAACUUAGUUUCUCUGGAAGAUGUGACAUACUUGGAUAAUGCAUCAUGAUGCAAAGCAACACGUGCCAUAGAAUGUCGUUCCACCCAGGACGAGGAUGUCCCCGAGGACGAGGAGGACAUGGAGCCAGACCCUCGACACCAGCCUUCAGGCCCCAGAACCUCAGACUCCUUCACCCUCAGCAGCCUCCUGUGCAGUAUCAAUAUGAGCCUCCAAGUGCGCCUUCCACCACAUUCUCGAACUCUCCAGCUCCUAAUUUUCUGCCUCCACGACCAGACUUUGUACCCUUCCCACCACCCAUGCCACCGUCAGCACAAGGCUCGCUACCCCCCUGCCCAGUCAGACCCCCUUUCCCCAACCACCAGAUGAGGCACCCCUUUCCAGUGCCUCCCUGUUUUCCACCCAUGCCCCCUCCAAUGCCUUGUCCGAAUAACCCCUCAGUCCCUGGAGCACCUCCUGGACAAGGCGCUUUCCCCUUCAUGGUGCCCCCUCCUUCCAUGCCCCACCCUCCACCCCCUCCAGUCAUGCCACAGCAGGUUAAUUACCAGUACCCUCCUGGUUACUCACAUAAUUUCCCACCUCCCAAUUUUAAUAGUUUUCAGAAUAGUUCCAGUUCUUUCCCACCAAGUGCUAAUAAUAGCAGCAGUCCUCAUUUUAGACAUCUGCCCCCAUACCCACUCCCCAAGGCUCCCAGUGAGAGAAGGUCCCCAGAGAGGCUUAAGCACUAUGACGACCACAGGCACCGCGAUCACAGUCACGGGCGAGGCGAGAGGCACCGCUCCCUGGAGCGGCGGGAGCGAGGUCGCAGCCCCGACAGGCGAAGACCAGAUAGCCGCUACCGGUCAGAUUACGAUCGAGGGAGGUCGCCGACGCGCCACCGCAGCUACGAGCGCAGCAGAGAGCGGGAUCGUGAGAGACACAGGCACCGUGACAGCCGAAGAUCACCGUCUCUGGAAAGGUCUUACAAAAAAGAGUCUAAGAAACCGGGAAGGAGUUAUGGUGUGCCAGUUGUUCCUGAGCCUGCUGGAUGCACGCCAGAAAUACCUGGAGAGAUUAUUAAAAAUACAGAUUCUUGGGCCCCACCCCCGGAGAUUAUGAAUCAUCACUCCCCAAGCAGGGAGAAGAAGAGAGCUCGUUGGGAGGAGGAAAAAGACAGGUGGAGUGACAGCCAGGGCUCAGGCAAGGAGAAGAACUACACGUCCAUCAAGGACAAAGAGCCAGAGGAGACACCCCCUGACAAAAAUGAAGAGGAGGAGGAAGAGCUCCUUAAGCCUGUGUGGAUUCGAUGUACGCAUUCAGAAAACUACUACUCCAGCGACCCCAUGGAUCAGGUGGGAGACUCUACUGUAGUUGGAACAAGUCGGCUUCGUGACUUAUACGAUAAAUUUGAGGAAGAGUUGGGGAGCAGGCAAGAAAAGGCCAAGGCUGCUCGCCCUCCAUGGGAACCUCCAAAAACAAAGCUAGAUGAAGAUUUAGAGAGCUGCAGCGAGUCUGACUGCGAGUCCGACGAGGACAGCACCUGCUCCAGCAGCUCGGACUCCGAGGUCUUCGACGUCAUCGCAGAGAUCAAGCGCAAGAAAGCCCACCCCGACCGACUUCACGACGAACUCUGGUACAACGACCCGGGCCAGAUGAAUGAUGGACCACUUUGCAAGUGCAGCGCAAAAGCGAGACGCACAGGAAUCCGGCACAGCAUCUACCCUGGAGAGGAGGCAAUCAAGCCCUGCCGUCCUAUGACCAACAACGCUGGCCGACUCUUCCACUACCGGAUUACAGUCUCCCCACCUACCAACUUUUUAACUGACAGGCCAACUGUUAUAGAGUAUGAUGACCAUGAGUACAUCUUUGAAGGGUUCUCCAUGUUUGCACAUGCCCCCCUGACCAAUAUUCCACUGUGCAAAGUAAUUCGAUUCAACAUAGACUACACGAUUCAUUUCAUUGAAGAAAUGAUGCCUGAGAAUUUUUGUGUGAAAGGGCUGGAACUGUUUUCGCUGUUCCUAUUCAGAGAUAUUUUGGAAUUAUAUGACUGGAAUCUUAAAGGUCCUUUGUUUGAAGACAGUCCACCCUGCUGCCCACGAUUUCAUUUCAUGCCACGUUUUGUAAGAUUUCUUCCAGAUGGAGGCAAGGAGGUGUUGUCCAUGCACCAGAUCCUUCUGUACCUGUUGCGCUGUAGCCGAGCCCUGGUUCCCGAGGAGGAGAUCGCCAACAUGCUGCAGUGGGAGGAGCUUGAGUGGCAGAAAUACGCAGAAGAAUGCAAAGGCAUGAUUGUCACCAACCCGGGAACGAAACCAAGCUCUGUCCGCAUUGAUCAACUGGAUCGUGAACAGUUCAACCCCGAUGUGAUUACUUUUCCGAUUAUCGUCCACUUUGGGAUACGCCCUGCACAGUUGAGUUAUGCAGGAGACCCACAAUACCAGAAACUAUGGAAGAGUUAUGUGAAACUUCGCCACCUCCUAGCAAACAGCCCUAAGGUCAAACAGACGGACAAACAGAAGCUGGCACAGAGAGAGGAAGCACUCCAAAAAAUACGACAGAAGAAUACAAUGAGACGAGAAGUAACUGUGGAGCUAAGUAGCCAAGGAUUCUGGAAAACUGGCAUUCGCUCUGAUGUCUGUCAGCAUGCAAUGAUGCUGCCUGUUUUGACCCAUCAUAUCCGUUAUCACCAGUGCCUAAUGCACCUGGACAAGUUGAUCGGCUAUACUUUCCAAGACCGUUGUCUCCUACAGCUUGCUAUGACUCAUCCAAGCCAUCAUUUAAAUUUUGGAAUGAAUCCUGAUCAUGCCAGGAAUUCGUUGUCUAACUGUGGAAUUCGGCAGCCCAAGUACGGAGACAGAAAAGUUCAUCACAUGCACAUGCGGAAGAAAGGAAUUAACACCCUAAUAAAUAUUAUGUCACGCCUUGGCCAAGAUGAUCCAACUCCUUCAAGGAUUAACCACAAUGAACGGUUGGAGUUCCUGGGGGAUGCUGUUGUUGAGUUCUUGACCAGUGUCCAUCUCUACUAUUUAUUUCCUAGUCUGGAAGAAGGAGGCUUGGCAACCUACCGGACCGCCAUUGUUCAGAACCAGCACCUUGCCAUGCUUGCCAAGAAACUUGAACUGGAUCGUUUCAUGCUGUACGCUCAUGGGCCUGACCUGUGUAGAGAAUCAGAUCUCCGGCAUGCAAUGGCUAAUUGUUUUGAAGCAUUGAUAGGGGCUGUUUACCUGGAGGGAAGCCUGGAGGAAGCCAAGCAGUUAUUUGGACGUUUACUGUUUAAUGAUCCGGACCUGCGAGAAGUCUGGCUCAAUUAUCCUCUCCACCCACUCCAACUACAGGAGCCAAAUACUGACCGGCAGCUUAUUGAAACUUCUCCGGUUCUACAGAAACUUACCGAGUUUGAAGAAGCAAUUGGAGUUAUUUUUACUCAUGUUCGACUUUUGGCAAGGGCAUUCACAUUGAGAACUGUGGGAUUUAAUCAUCUGACCCUAGGCCACAAUCAGAGGAUGGAAUUUCUAGGUGACUCCAUAAUGCAGCUGGUAGCCACGGAGUAUUUAUUCAUUCACUUUCCGGACCAUCAUGAAGGGCACUUAACUUUGUUACGAAGCUCUUUAGUGAAUAACAGAACUCAAGCCAAGGUAGCCGAAGAGCUGGGUAUGCAGGAGUAUGCCAUCACCAAUGACAAGACCAAGAGGCCUGUGGCCCUGAGAACCAAGACCUUGGCAGACCUUUUGGAAUCAUUUAUUGCAGCACUGUACAUUGAUAAGGAUUUGGAAUAUGUCCAUACUUUCAUGAAUGUCUGUUUCUUCCCACGAUUAAAAGAGUUCAUUUUGAACCAGGAUUGGAAUGACCCCAAGUCCCAGCUGCAGCAGUGCUGCUUGACGCUUAGGACGGAAGGAAAAGAGCCGGACAUUCCCCUGUACAAAACUCUGCAGACAGUGGGGCCAUCCCAUGCUAGAACCUACACUGUGGCUGUUUAUUUCAAGGGAGAAAGGAUAGGCUGUGGGAAAGGACCAAGUAUUCAGCAAGCAGAGAUGGGAGCAGCAAUGGAUGCACUUGAAAAAUAUAACUUUCCCCAGAUGGCCCAUCAGAAGCGCUUCAUUGAACGGAAAUACAGACAAGAGUUAAAAGAAAUGAGGUGGGAAAGAGAGCAUCAAGAGAGAGAGCCAGAUGAGGCUGAAGACAUAAAGAAGUAAAGGAGGGCACGGAAGUGGCGGCGUAUUUACUUGCUUAAUAACUGUGACUGGUGUCCACUGAGACCUAACCUAGUUUUCCUUGAGACAAUGAGUGAAGUGUGCCCAUUGAAAUAAACACAGCCAGACCGCUGUUGUUAUUUCACUGACCGAUGUUCUGGUUUUAGCUGGUCUGUGUUACAUGUAUUUGACUUCUGUCCUAUUUAAUGGCAAAACCUCAUGCUGGUGGAUGUGCACUAUUCCCUUUUGUUUUGCUCUUUCAACAAUAAAAUGUAAGAAAGUACA